AUGGACUUUAAGGGUAGCGUGACGGGAUGCUACAUGGGAAGCUAUGGCGAGGACUGGCUUGAAAUGCAAAACAGAGAUCACCAACAAACUGGAGUCAAUCGAGUGGAUGGCUACAGCGACUUUAUGCUUUCCAGCCGCAUAUCCUAUGAGAUGGACCUUAAGGGACCAACUAUGACUGUCCGCACUGCCUGCUCUGCGGCACUUAUUUGCUUGCACGAGGCCGUCUCCGCCAUUCAACGGGGUGACUGUCAGGCGGCAGUUGUAGGUGGCGCGAACUUGAUCAUGGCUCCCGGCAUGACGGCAUUCAUGACUGAAAAGGGCGUUUUAUCGCCGGACGGCUCCUGCAAAACCUUCUCUGCUGAUGCCAAUGGCUAUGCUAGAGGCGAAGCUGUUACUGCUGUAUAUAUUAAGCCACUCACUGCUGCUCUUCGAGACGGAAACCCUGUCCGUGCAGUCAUCAGAUCCACAGCGUCAAACGGCGAUGGUAGAACACAGGGCAUUGCACAGCCCAGCACAGAAAGUCAAGAAGCUCUGAUUAGAAAGGCUUACAAGAAAGCCGGAAUUACCGACUUUUCUAAGACUGCUUUCGUGGAGUGCCAUGGCACUGGCACGUCAGUCGGUGAUCCAAUUGAAACGAAUGCUGUGGCGCGUGUAUUUGGAGACUCCGGCGUUCAUAUUGGAUCGGUCAAGCCAAACCUUGGACAUUCCGAAGGUGCCUCGGGACUCACGGCCCUCAUCAAGGGUGUUCUAACCCUGGAAAACCAAAAGAUUCCGCAAAACAUCAAGUUUUCGAGUCCAAACCCAAAGAUUCCCUUCAAGGAAAGGAAACUUGUUGUUCCAUUGGAGCCAACUUCAUGGCCCGAGUCUUGCCACGAACGAGUCAGCGUCAAUUCCUUUGGUAUCGGAGGAUCAAAUGCGCAUGUCAUCCUGGAUUCGGCGCGCAGCUUCAACCUUCGCGAAAAUAUCUCUGAGACAAACCAUGAAUAUGAGCCUAGCAAGUCACACUUGCUCCUAUUAUCUGCCAAUUCCGCAUCCUCGUUAGAGGUGAUGACCAACAGUUUCCGGGACUGGGUUGGUCAGAAACCAAAAAGUCUAGAAGACCUUGCUUAUACCCUAGCACAUCGAAGACAACGCUUGUCACACCGAUCCUAUUUAGUCGCCAGUGGUGAUCGGCCAUCUGGAGCUGUUAGCCAGGGCCGGAAGGUACCCACCACGUCUCCAAACUUGGUCAUGGUGUUUACAGGGCAGGGUGCACAAUGGCUACGAAUGGGUCGCCAACUACUCCUUCGCUCGGACUUUUGUUUCCAGAGCAGUAUUCGGGCCCUUGACGAAUACCUCCGAGAUGCCCCUGACGCUCCGACCUGGACUUUGGAAGAAGAACUUCUGAAACCAGCAAGGACUUCCAGAGUCCAAACGGCAGAGCUGUCGCAACCCCUUUGCACAGCUGUCCAAAUAGCCUUGGUUGACCUCCUUGCAGCUGUUGGUGUGAAGCCCUCCGCAGUCGUCGGCCACAGCAGUGGUGAGAUUGCGGCAGCUUAUGCUUCUGGUGCCCUCACAGCCAAGGAAGCCAUCAUAUCCGCAUGGCAGAGAGGAAUUGCCGCUAAGAAGCAGACAAAGCCUGGAGCCAUGGCUGCCGUUGGACUAGGUUGGGAUGAAGUGAGCAUCUUCUUGACGCCUCCCAAUGUCGUGGUCGCAUGUGAGAAUUCACCGAGGAGCGUUACCCUGUCCGGAGAUGCCGAAGAAGUGCAAUCCGCCAUCUCUCGUAUCAAGUAA